GGACACCCAGUAGACUUAACUGAUAAGGCGAUGAUGUUGAUGAAAAAAUUUUCGAAAUGGUUUCGAACUAAUUUCGAACUUUCGAUAAAAACUUGGGAAUUCGCUCGAUCUCGAUCACUAAUUUUUCAGCUGGAACAAGUCGAGAAAAAUGUACGAAACGAAAACAUAUAUUUAGUGACUGAGUUGCGUUACUAUCGUAAUUAUGACCAUUAAGAAACCUACUCUCGACCUCCGGCAAUUUAUGCUGAGGCAAAAUGUGCUGCGAUUAUACAAAGAUAUAAUGAAAACAAUUCGAGAAAUUCCAAACGAACAAGAUCGAACGUAUAUGUUGGAAUGGGCAAGGAAGGAUUUCAAGAGCAAUAAAAGCGAAACCGAUGAGUACGUGAUCAAAUCACACAUGAAAACUGGAGAAGCUAUUUUAAAUGAAUUGAAGCUAAGCUUGAAAAUGAGCAGUUGACUGAUCAUCUGUAAAUUCGUACUUUUGAGAUCAUGAUCAGAACUGGUUCCUACAGCUCAGUAAUCGAGUGAAGUCAGUACAACUUUUUUAUUGAAGAAUGCUCCAACAUCGGGAGAUUUGUUACGUUUCAAUGAUGAUAAUAAUUUUUUCAAGUAAAACUUGUACCAUGUCGAUUCGUUGAGAAGAUUUUUUCGAGGAUUUUUCAUUAUGGCUCUUCUCUGUGUAUAUGAAUAUUUUCACAAUAAAAUAUACAACUUUUACGAAA